GCGUGGGACCAGGAGCGCGGAAAGCCAGGGUCCUAGCAGGAAUGCGCCCAGCCCUCGCGAAGCCUGCCUCCCCGUCUCCCUGGGAAACGGACGCUGCGAGCGGGGCCGGGGCUCCCGGCGGCCUCGUGGCUCCGGCGCCCGGCGCGGUUCCCCGUGCGGACCUGUCGGCACUUCGCCAUUAGACUACCUCCGCUCCGCCCUCCGCCCCCAGCCGAGACCCCGCCCAGAAGGGGCGCCCCGGGGUCGGCUGCUGGGCCCUCGCUUUGCUCCAGAGGUUUUUGCCGGCGCCGGGGCCCGACCCAGCAGUACCUGGGCUGCUCCCGCCCGGGGCGCCGCACCUCCAGCGUCGGUGAGAACUUUCCCCGGAGCCGCCGGGGCCUGGCGCCCCAGGGCGCACCCCCGCCCGCCCGCCCACCGCAUUCCCAGCCUGGGGGCCUGGAGGCAAGUCCUUCGACUGCCCGGUUCUCUGAACCUCCCGGGGAAGCAGCCCUCCGCCGCGGCGCAGGGCAUUCUCGAAGGGAGAGAUUGAACUUGGCCCUACACGAUCCUCCGAGAUGAGCUCGGGGCUCCCCAGACUGAAGCCACACUGCGCGACGAGCUGACCUCUACUCACCGGUCUCGGAGACUUCUGUCGUCCCCAGGACUGCGGGAGGGGCCGCGGCGUCCCCGCCCUCGGAGGAGCCGGAGCCGCAGGAUGCGCGGGGACGCGCCGCCGCCCUCCGCACCCAGUUCCGCUGGCGCUUCCCCGGCUGCUCCCGGGCGCUGAUCUCCGGGCUUCUCCGCCCUCCUAGCCGCCCGCCCGCGCGGCGCUGGACCUCGCCGAGAGCCGCUCCUGUUGCCCUCGCCACGGCGCGGACAAUAAACUAAUGCCUCGUGCUUGAGGGGAGGGGGCGGCUCAGCGCUCGGGUCGCAGCUUUCUCGCCCGGCUGGAGACCGCCGCAGCCGACAUGGGCUGUUUCUGCGCUGUUCCGGAAGAAUUUUACUGCGAAGUUUUGCUCCUGGAUGAAUCCAAGUUAACCCUCACCACCCAGCAGCAGGGCAUCAAGGUCUGACUCCAGAACCUGAGCUCCUAACCUUUCCUGAAAUGAUGAUGAUGGUGGCGAUGGCAGUGACAACAUAGCUAAGCGUUUCAUCACAAAAUGUGGAUGAUGUUCUUAAUUCCCGACUUCUAGACUGGCCAAGCGACUUCUCCAAUGUCAAAUAGCUAAAGUCAACGAGAGGUUCCGUUGUCCUUGACCACGUAUUUCGUCACAUAAACCUCGUGGAGAUUGAUUAUUUUGGGCUGCGUUACUGUGACAGAAGCCAUCAGACAGUAGCAAAUAAGCCAGUUUGCACUUUCAACAAUCUACCUGCAAUCUUAUCCGGAUCAUCCACUUCAUUAGCAUAGCACCAGCAGGACUUGCAGGUGGAUGGAAGAGAUAGAUGAUAAAGAGGUUUUGACUGGCGCCAAUGGAAGAGUGUUAUCCAUUUACUGAGAUGGGGAAGACUGCAGGAGAACAGUAUUGGCUGGAUCCUGCAAAAACCCUUGCUGAACACAAAGAACUGAUCAACACUGGACCUCCAUAUACUUUGUAUUUUGGUAUUAAAUUCUAUGCUGAAGAUCCAUGUAAGCUUAAAGAAGAAAUAACCAGAUACCAGUUUUUCUUGCAAGUGAAGCAAGAUGUCCUUCAGGGCCGGCUGCCCUGCCCUGCCGGCACUGCUGCUCAGCUGGGAGCAUAUGCUGUCCAGUCUGAACUUGGAGAUUAUGACCCAUAUAAGCAUACUGCAGGAUAUGUGUCAGAAUACCGGUUUGUUCCUGAUCAGAAGGAAGAACUUGAAGAAGCCAUAGAAAGAAUUCAUAAAACUCUAAUGGGUCAGGCUCCUUCUGAAGCAGAGCUGAAUUAUUUGAGGACUGCAAAAUCCCUGGAGAUGUAUGGCGUUGACCUCCAUCCCGUCUAUGGAGAAAACAAAUCUGAGUAUUUCUUAGGAUUAACUCCAGUUGGUGUUGUUGUCUACAAGAAUAAAAAGCAAGUGGGGAAGUAUUUCUGGCCUCGGAUUACAAAGGUUCACUUCAAGGAGACGCAGUUUGAACUCAGAGUACUAGGAAAAGAUUGCAAUGAAACUUCAUUCUUUUUUGAAGCUCGGAGUAAAACUGCUUGCAAGCAUCUUUGGAAGUGUAGUGUAGAACAUCAUACAUUUUUUAGAAUGCCAGAAAAUGAAUCAAAUUCACUGUCAAGAAAACUCAGCAAGUUUGGAUCCAUGAGUUAUAAGCACCGCUAUAGUGGCAGGACAGCAUUGCAAAUGAGUCGAGAUCUUUCUAUUCAACUUCCCCGGCCAGAUCAGAAUGUGGCAAGAAGCCGAAGCAAGACUUACCCUAAGAGAAUAGCACAGACACAGCCAGCUGGAUCAAACAGCAUAAACCGGGUAACUGCAAACAUGGAAAAUGGAGAAAAUGAAGGAACAACUAAAAUUAUUGCACCUUCACCAAUAAAAAGCUUUAAGAAAGCCAAGAAUGAAAAUAGCCCUGAUAUCCAAAGAAGCAAACCUCACGCGCCAUGGGAAGAAAAUGGCCCCCAGAGUGGUCUCUACAGCUCUCCGCAUGACCGCACGAAGUCCCCAAAGUUCCCCUGCGCACGCCGCCGAAACCCCUCCUGUGGGAGCGACAACGACUCUGUACAGCCAACAAGGAGAAGGAAAGCCCAUAACAGUGGUGAAGACUCAGAUCUAAAGCAAAGGAGAAGGUCCCGCUCACGCUGUAACACAAGCAGUGGUAGUGAAUCAGAAAAUUCCAAUCGAGAACACCGGAAAAAGAGAAACAGAAUACGGCAGGAGAACGACAUGGUUGAUUCGGCGCCUCAGUGGGAAGCUGUAUUAAGGAGACAAAAGGAAAAAAACCAGGCGGACCCCAACAACAGGCGAUCCAGACACAGAUCGCGCUCGAGAAGCCCUGAUAUCCAAGCAAAAGAAGAGUUAUGGAAGCAUAUUCAGAAGGAACUUGUGGAUCCGUCUGGGUUAUCAGAAGAACAAUUAAAAGAGAUUCCAUACACUAAAGUAGAGACUCAAGGUGACCCGAUCCGAAUCAGACAUUCUCAUUCGCCGCGAAGUUACCGCCAGUACCGCCGGUCCCAGUGUUCAGAUGGAGAGCGAUCCGUUCUAUCGGAAGUGAAUUCAAAAACGGAUCUUGUACCUCCACUUCCCGUGACCCGCUCUUCAGAUGCGCAGGGUUCUGGUGGCUCCACAGUUCAUCAGAGGAGAAAUGGGUCUAAAGAUAGCCUGAUUGAAGAAAAAUCUCAGACAUCUACAAGCAAUCUGGCUGGAAAACAUAUAGCAAAAACAAUAAAAACUAUCCAAGCUUCACGCCUCAAGAUAGAGACUUGAUCCCAGUGAAAGGCUUGGAAUGGGGGAUGAAGAGGGGGUGGGAAGGGUGUGUGCUGCCUUUACUUUGAAACUGUGAAUUGUAAUUAUUCAAGUAUCUUGGACCUCCAAGUGUUUCUUCAGAAGAAAAUCGAGUCUGUUGCUCCUUUUAAAAGGUUUAACUACAGUGUAUUUGUGCUGAAGAGCCUUUUUUUUUUUUUUGUAGUAACUGGAAGGAUAGUCGUCUUGUAAAAACUCGUGCCGCAUCCACAACCCAAGCCAGGUGUUUCUGGACUCCUGGGACCGCAGCUGGCCAGCUGUGCAAUAGUACAAGUGGGACGAAGAGCUCUCCCCCUCUAGGUGGACCUCCACCUGUGCAGAUGCAUAAAGGAGGCCACAUCACUUUUCACACUAGAUAUUUUUACUCACAUAAAUGUUCUUUGUAAUGCUGUAUUUUGUGGCAUUAAGUUCCACUGGUUAUUUACAAAUGUAAAGUUUUAUUUGAAAGCAUUGAUUUUAAUUUCUA